AUGGACAUCUGGACGAAUGAUCAGCUCUACCAAGACAUGCUACGGAUCGUCCCCCAGGAGUUCCGCAGCAUCAGCAUACAGUGGAAUGACAAGCUCUUCGAAGACUACAUAAAGCAUCCUGAAUACGACGACGUCUGGAAUUGGGACCCGAACGUGAGGUAUACUGGCAACUGGUAUGAACUGCUUGAAGGCGUUUCGCAACUGAAUCAACGCUUCUACGUACCCUUGGUGCACGGGUCUUAUGACGAGUUCAAGCGGUCUACUUACGAUGCUGUCGAGAAAACGGCAAGGGAACAUGGCUACAAGCCAAUCUGGGGCGAACAAUCUUGGGAUAAACAAAAGCAGAAGCCCAUCGGUCCUAAACCUUUGAAGCCGAUCGAGGAAGACGACUUUAACUGA